UAUCGGGGACUGUUUCACGGUGUUGAUUCAAACUCACGUGCUUUACUUUGUGAGCUUCGUUGCUGUUUCUUGCUUCCACCUCAUUCUUAACUUGGACCCAACACUCUUGGCGCACCAAAAUUCCCUGGAAACUCAGAUUUAUUAUGGCUUGAUUCAGAUUUCAACGGUCGUGCAAAUGUUUGUGCUAGGACCACGCCUGAUCCUUGGGGUUCGAGAAUAUCAUGCUAAGCUCGUGGCCAAUUCCGACGCAGCAACUGGUAUGACCUCAAUCGCUUUCCAGGAACGCGUGUAUAUAUCGACUGGCCAUGGUGUAUAGCACGGGAUAUACUCGAUGGAACCAAUGGUUGUCUAGUGCCCUGCAGGGAGCAGCAGGAGAAUUCGUUUUUAUUCAGUCAUACUUUUGUCUUGGUAUGUGGUGUUGUGCAGUGGACCCUUGUAAAGGAUUUAUGGGUCUGGGCAAUAUUUUCGUCGUAGCAUUUAUUCAAGUGCACGUGAGUAGCUAUAGGUUCUGACAAUGUUUUCAACAUGCACGAGAUGUGGGGAUGCACGAACUGGUGGUGACUAAUAGUACCUAAGUUCAGUCAAUUCAUGCAU